UUUGCCUCAUUGGGCUGCUUUCUGCACUCCAUUCUCUGCUUUGCUUCCUCACCUCUUCUGUCGGUACAGUCGGAGGUCGGCCCUCAUCGUCUUCGUCAUACCACACCGUCCCCAGUCAUCCUCCACCGUCCUCCACUUUGUCUGAGUCAGGCAACUCAAUAGCCUGUGCGCCAUUGUGCACCGUUGUACCAGCUGCAAAGAGGGAUUCCCGGGUUUUUCGCUGCCCGUACUGGGGCUUUCUGGGAAAUAAAUUGAGGCAAGAUCGUCGGGGGGAUUUCCCUAAUUUUUUUUUCUUCCCAUCCCUCUCCAUCCCAUCUCAGGGUGUUUCAAUCUCGCGUGGCAGGAUGGCGUCUUCUGGGUACAAAAUGUCGUUUGCGGCCUUGGCCGUCCAAUUCCUGGGGGUGGCCUCUGCGACGUGCAACUGCAGCCUGAGUGGCCUCAACACCACCGUCGGUGGUCGUGUGCAGCCUCUCACCCCCUUCUCCCUCCCCUGUUUCUCCAGCUACAAUGGCCAGGCCGUCUCCCCGAAUGAUGCCGCCUGCGCCACCAUUCAGGCCAACUACUCCGACCCGUACCUGCGGGCCAACUCGCCCAAUGGCUACAUGAACUACCAGGAUGAGAUGUGCUCCUCCAACCCCGCGGACCAGUGCGUCCUGGACAGCAGCGAUCCCACUGAUCCGCUGGCCUUCACGGGCACCGACUGCCGGCAGGGCAACAUGCCCUCCUACUACCUCGAGGUCCACGAUGCCACCGACGUGAGCGCCGCCCUCGAGUACUCGCGCUGCUCGGGCGUCAAGGUGGUUAUCAAGAACAGUGGCCACGACUACCUGGGCCGCAGCAGUGGCAAGGGGACCCUGGCCCUGUGGACGCGACACCUGCAGGACAUGCACUACAAUGCCAGCUUCGUGCCCCAGGGCUGCCCCGCCACCACCAGCUACAACGCCAUCACCGCCGGUGCGGGGGUCAACUUCGACGAGGCCUAUGCGUUCGCCCACCAGCACAACGUCACCAUCCUGGGCGGCUACUCCCCCACGGUUGGUUUGUCCGGUGGCUGGGUGCAGAUGGGCGGCCACUCGAUCCUGUCGCCCGUGUACGGUCUGGGCGUGGACCGCGUCCUCCAGUACAAGGUGGUGACCCCCGACGGCAACCUGCGCAUUGCCAACGAAUGCCAGAACCCGGACCUCUUCUGGGCGCUCCGGGGUGGCGGUGGGGGUACCUUUGGCGUGGUGCUCGAGAGCACCCACCGGGUCGAGCCUCGCUUCGGCUUCGUGGCGGCGAUUGUCAAAUUCACCAGCAACUCGACCAACAUGCUCCCCUGGAUGGAGCUCAUCGUCAACAACACCCUCCGGUGGGCGAACGAGGGCUGGGGCGGCCACAUCACCGGCAGCACCCUCGUCAACGUCUCCCCGCGACUCACCGUGGCCCAGGCCCAGCAGUCGCUGGCGUCGGUGGUCGCCUACGCCCAGGCGCAGGGGGGCACCGCGGUGAUCGAGCACUUUGCCUCGUGGUACGACUUCUACGAGAAAUACGUAACCUCCGAGGCCGUCAGCGUCGGGAUCACGCACUUCGCCGGCAGCCGACUGGUGCCGCGCUCGGUCUUCCAGACGGCGGAGGGCCGACAGAACCUGAUGGACUUCUUCGCGCUGCUUCAGCAAUCCGACCAAACCCCCUACAUCCCGGUGGUGGGCCCCGUGUUGUUCAACUACACGGAGGGGUCGACGAGCGCGACCCCGGCGUGGCGGCAGGCAGUGUGGGAGCUGGGCUCGGGCAGCAGCUGGGCGUGGAACAGCACGCUGGCGACGCGCGAGGCCAAGAUCGCGACGCUGCAGAACAUGACGGCCACGCUGGAGCGCAUCACCCCGGGCAGUGGGGCGUACAGCAACGAGGCCAACCCCUUCACCGAGGACUGGCAGGAGGCCUGGUGGGGCCGGGAGAACUACGACAAGCUGCUCGCCAUCAAGAACAAGUACGACCCCAGUGGAGUGCUGAGCUGCUGGAAGUGCAUUGGCUGGCAGGAGAGCCAGGCCAACAGCACCUGCUUUGCUGCUUUCAGUAACCUGUGAUCAGGGAUAGAGUAAUACGAUAGACUAAUGUGAUAGAUAUAAUGUGUGAUACUGG